AUGAAACACAUUAUCAACCUGUAUGAAAGCAUCAACAGUACAGCAAGAAAUAAUUCAGACUGUCCUCCUGUGGUUUUGCCAGAAGAGAUAUUUUUCACAAUAUCCAUUGUUGGGGUUUUGGAGAAUCUGAUGGUCCUUCUGACUGUGAUCAAGAAUAAGAAUCUUCAGUCACCCAUGUACUUUUUCAUAUGCAGCUUGGCUAUUUCCGAUAUGCUGGGCAGCCUGUACAAGAUCUUGGAAAACAUCCUGAUCAUGUUCAGAAACAUGGGUUACCUCAAGCCUCAAGGCAGUUUUGAAACCACAGCAGAUGACGUGGUGGACUCCCUGUUCAUCCUCUCCCUCCUUGGCUCCAUUUGCAGCCUGUCUGUGAUCGCCGCUGACCGCUACAUCACAAUCUUCCACGCUCUGAGGUACCAUCGCAUCGUGACCCCACGCCGUGCCCUUGUCGUCCUGAUGGUCAUCUGGACGUGCUGUAUGGGCAGCAGUAUCACCAUCGUGACCUUUUCCCAUCAUGUCCCCACGGUGAUCGCCUUCACAGCGCUGUUCCCACUGAUGCUGGCCUUCAUCCUCUGCCUCUACCUGCACAUGUUCCUGCUGGCCCGCUCCCACGCCAGGAGGACCUCCACGCUUCCCAGAGCCAACAUGAGAGGGGCUGUCACACUGACUGUUCUGCUCGGGGUCUUCAUUUUCUGUUGGGCACCCUUUGUCCUUCAUGUCCUCUUGAUGACAUUCUGCCCGGCUGACCCCUACUGUGCCUGCUACAUGUCCCUCUUCCAGGUGAACGGUGUGUUGAUCAUGUGUAAUGCCGUCAUUGACCCCUUCAUAUAUGCCUUCCGGAGCCCAGAGCUCAGGGACGCAUUCAAAAAGAUGACCUUCUGCAACAGGUACCAGUAG